GACCGCGCCCGCCGGGCACACAAGAAUGGUCACUCAGAUACUGGGGGCCAUGGAGUCUCAGGUGGGGGGGGGCCCGGCCGGCCCGGCCCUGCCCAACGGGCCGCUCCUGGGCACCAACGGAGCGACUGACGACAGCAAGACCAACCUCAUCGUCAACUACCUGCCCCAGAACAUGACCCAGGACGAGUUCAAGAGUCUGUUCGGCAGCAUCGGGGACAUCGAGUCCUGCAAGCUGGUUCGGGACAAGAUCACAGGGCAAAGCCUCGGCUACGGGUUUGUGAACUAUUCCGAUCCCAACGACGCAGACAAAGCCAUAAACACCCUCAACGGCCUCAAACUGCAGACCAAGACCAUCAAGGUGUCCUACGCCAGGCCCAGCUCUGCGUCCAUCCGGGAUGCUAACCUGUACGUCAGCGGGCUUCCCAAGACCAUGAGCCAGAAAGAAAUGGAACAGCUCUUCUCACAAUACGGCCGCAUCAUCACCUCGCGCAUCCUGGUGGACCAGGUCACAGGGGUCUCUAGGGGGGUGGGAUUCAUUCGCUUCGACAAGAGAAUCGAGGCCGAGGAGGCCAUCAAAGGACUGAACGGGCAGAAGCCGCUGGGUGCGGCCGAGCCCAUCACCGUCAAGUUCGCCAACAACCCGAGCCAGAAGACCGGGCAGGCACUGCUCACCCACCUCUACCAGUCCUCAGCCCGGCGCUACGCGGGCCCCCUGCACCACCAGACACAGCGCUUCCGGUGAGCCCUCUGCGCCCCUAGGGCCCCAC